AUGGUCGCGGCGGGGAGGGAAUUGGUGGCAAAGCUGUGCCGCUUUGGUGGGGGCAAGCCCAAGAGGACCAUCAAUGCCUGGCGCAUGUCGAAGGAGUCUACGAUCGGCACCGAGAGCUCUUCGAAAAACAAGACUCGCUUCUGCGCAGCGGCAGCUUCUACCGAGCCGUUGGAUCUGCAAUUGCAAGGAUGCUAUGCGCCAGGACCUCGAUAUUUGACGAUUCCUCCUCUGGGCGCCCGAGACGCGAUCGUUGGCUAUCUCGAGAUGCCCGAUUACCGAUGCGUCAUCCCUCUGAUCGACUCUGUCCGCCAAGCAGGCGCGUUCGUGGUCAAUCUCACCUUGACUUUGGACUACUUGGGAAAAACCCUUGAACCUGGUGCCUGGUCCGGGCCUGGCAUUCCCCUGCGGCUCGGGCAGAUCUUCAGCCAGAAUCAAAAGGAGAUGGAUUUCGUCUCUCUCGCCGAGUGCGCUCUAGACGGCGCUGAUCUAGCCGCAUUCGUGGGACGUCUACCGAAGGCCAUGCCCUCUAUUUUCCUGCGUUACGGCCAAGCAACCUCGCAACGCAAGCCUCGUGGGCCUGUAUGGCGCUGGUGUGACGAGAUGAGGCAGAAAGAGUACGACGGUAUCUCCAAUAGAAGUGUCGAGAUCAACAGAGAGGAGGACCAAAACCCCAUUCAGAAGUUUGAGGAUGGCGAGUUUGACUCUGACUCUGAUAAUGAUCUUCGUAAUGCCUUUUAUCGAGAUUUCCUGACGAUUCAAGCUCCCUCGACCUCGCUGUCUCCGGCUCCCUCGACCUCGCUGUCCCCGGCUCCCUCGCGCUGGCUGUCGCUGUCCCGUGAAGAUGACCCUUAUCCUCGUAGGAAGGGCGGCGAGGGUGACCAGGUUGACAUAGACUAG